CUGGCUAACGGCUGGGGGCGGUACCUGCCAGAGAGGCUGCAGGUGCUCGUCCUAGUGCCCAGAUAAAGGCGGAGCCUUCGCUACCAGCGGCGUAGGCUCUUUUCUCUCCGAGGUCCGACCUGUGCAGGUGGUGCGCAGCGCCACAGAGGCUCGCAGUCGCAGACUUGGAGGUAGAGCAGCCUGGACAAUGAACUUUGCAGGAAACAACGAAACUUUUGAGGGCAGUAACUCCAGACCUUUCUUUUAUGUGCCCCCUAUGACCCAGCAGCCUCACCUGGGUCCCUGGUACCAGAAUGCCACCUAUAAUCCACUCUCCAUUCCUGGGGCAGGUUUCACAAACGGAAGUCUGUAUUUUCCAUAUGCUGUGGUGUUCAAUGAGUAUCCUGGCUUCCUUGUCCCUCUGUCCCCAUUGCCCACUGCUCUUAAUCGAAGACCCAUAGUCCCUCUGUAUUAUAACACAGCACCAUUUCGACAGUGUGGUGGCUAUUGGGAAAAAAUGAAAACUAAAGACACACAAACAGAAACUGAACCUCAACAGGCUGAGAACUUGAAUGAGAAGCAGGACACGUACUCAGAAGGUGACAGCUGUGAUGUAGGAAGGGCGACCAGUGUCCCUACAGAUACCUUGAAAGAAACUAUGCCAUCGUAUGAUGUGGCAUAUGGUAAAGCCAUGCCAGGGAAUGAGGUGCAGUACAAUGGGAUUUCAUAUAGUUCCUGUGAAAGUAGAGGUGUGCUCUAUGAUCCUCAUGAGGGGAAAGACCUCAUGACCUUGAGUGAAGAAAGAAAGGGAUAUGCAGUUGAUUCCCAAAUCCCACCACUUCCAAAUGUAGUGAAAGACAGAGAUGUGAGCCAGAAUACCCUGAAUUCAAAAUUGUACCAAUCCGUUGGGAAUAUCAACAAGCUCCAGCAGGAAAAGCCACCUUGUGCCAGCAUGGAAGCUGUUAAGCACCUGAACCUACAUUCAGAAUCUCAGAAACCCCUUACUGUAGGGAAAAGUAUGCCAGAGAACAGUAGUGGGAGCCAUGGCUCCCCUGAGAAUGUGGGUGAAGAGGUAGAGAGCAAUAGCUACCCUGAGAGAGGUGCUUCUUCCCCAAACUUGUUGGCCCAGGUCAACAAAGUAGAUGAGGCCAUCCAGUGUGAUAUGAGUUGGUGGUGUGAGGUGCAGUCUGAGAAUUCCCAUGAACUUUCACCAGAAAGCGCAAGAGAGGGAGCAGAGCAGAUGGGGUGUAGGGAUGAGGUGGAGACCAAUAGCCCGGAGGGGCACACUUACCCCCCAACCUGGUUGGCCCAGUUCAACAAGGUAGAUGAGAGCAACCAGUGUGAUAUGAGCUGGUUUGAGUCACAGGUACGGAAGUCCCCCCAGCAGAUGCUCUCCAGAGGUGAAGAGGCAUCACCAGAUUGCAGAGCCAAGGCAUCAUGGGAAAAACUAGUCACAAACAGGAAAUUAAGUGCAGAUAAAGAAGUGCUUAUGAAUGAUGAGAUUGGGGAGGUGUAUAAUGAGAACUUCAAAACAUGUGCAACAAUUAAGACUGUGAGAGGCAGGAAGCUGAAAGAUCUGAGCACCUUCUCAAAUGUUAAGACAGUCUGUCUGUUGAAGAAAAGUGCUGCCUUGAACAUUGUGAUUCCUGAGGAUUCAGGAGACUCUGAGUUGGAAGAGGAAGAAGAUGAAAUGGAUGAGGUCGAAUGCCUCCUUGAAGAAGUGAGUCUACAAAGCCCUCUGAAGGCUUCUAAAGGAAGGUCUUACCAGGAGGCUGGAAGGAUGCUCAGGGUGCCACCUGAGAGCGCUGUCCCUACCCAACUUAUUGUAUGGCCCACCAGAAAUAAGUACAAGUUAAAGCAUGGUGAAUGUGAAUGUGUCCCUGUGUUUUACCAGUUGAAACGACAGGAUGGCAGUGAAAGCAGUGGUGACAGGCUCCGAAGCAAACACACCAUGGCCAGACUGGAAGGAGUGGCACCCAGGAGAGCCUCCCACAAAUGACUGGAAUGAAACAAAUUGCUAAGUUCCAGCUACAAGAAAGAGCUAAAUAUUGCAUCACCAUGAUGGAUUAUAACAUGUGUCUUCUUUCUUGAUUCAAACUAUUAAAGCUACACUGACAAAAAGAAAAUGUAAAACCUUUGGAAUUAAAAGUGGUA